AUGGCCCUCCUGGCUCGCACCCUGGCACUGCUGGCAAUGACUGUGGACACCGUGGCCAUCAAGGUGGUGCCCCUGGACAUGGCCCGGGACUCCUUCGAUGACCAGUACCGGGGCUGCGGACAUGCCAUGAACGCGGCGUUGCCGGCCCUCUACAACCUUGAGUACCAGAAGAAUCCUCGCUUUGCCUGGGGCUGGUUCCAUGCUGAUGCUGAGUGGCGCAAGCGGGGCUCUCCUGUGUCCCCUCUGCCGUCCCCAUGGCACGCCAUCGCUGUCAUGGCCUACACGUCGCAGGACGUGUACAAGGAGUUCAACGCGGCCGUGCGCGCGGCCGGGCGCUCCCGCCAGGAAUACCGGAACAACUUCCACUUCAAAACGCUGCAUUUCCUGCUGACCAAGGCCCUGGUGACACUGAGGCAGGCUCAGAAGCAGCAGUGUCACCACGUGUUCCGGGGCGUGCGUGAUGUUCAUUUCAAGGCGCGGCGUGGCCAGAGGGUUCGCUUUGGUCAAUUCACGUCGACGUCGCCGCGCAAAGAGAUUGCUCUGCGCUUUGGGACGGACACGGUUUUCGAGGUUCACACCUGCCAUGGUGUGGACAUCCGGCAGUUUUCCAUGUAUCCAGGGGAGGAGGAGGUGCUGAUCCCACCCUUCGAGACCUUCAAGGUCACCAAAGUCAUCUGGGAUGGAAAGAGGACAUGGAUCAGUGUCCGCUCCACUGGGACCUUCAGCAAAUACAACUGCGAGUGGCUGUGA